AUGAACAACAACAACAAUGGAGUCAAUCACAGUAAAACUAAAACAACAAAAGGUCGGCAGAAGAUUGAAAUAAAGAAAUUAGAAAACAAAAACAGCCUGCAAGUGACAUUCUCCAAGCGCCGGUCAGGCCUCUUCAGUAAAGCCAUGGAGCUCAGCGUUCUAUGCGGUGCAGAAGUGGGCAUGGUGGUGUUUUCUCCCAACGGAAAAAUCUAUCUCCUCGGCCACCCAAACUUUGAGACCGUCUUGAACCGCUUUCUCAACGAAGACGAGUCUUCGUCUUUCGAUUAUCAUCAUCAAGAGGUUAAUUCUGAAGGUUUCAUCGCGUUUGUGCAAGAGCACAACAGGCAAUACGAGCAGGCGUUGAAGGAGUUGGAGAGGGAAAAGGUUCGGUCCAAGAAGAUCGAACAGGAGAAUAAUAUGAAUGAAAUAAUGGGGAGGAAUUGGUGGGAACAUUCGGUGGAAGAAAUGAGUCUUGAAGAGGUUGAAGAGUUUGAAAAGGCUCUGCAGAAUUUGAGGACGACUGCAGCCAUGAAGCUUAACGACAGAAUGAUGAAUGAAUAUUUGGUGCCUCACGUUGAAGCUAAUCAAGAUCAUCAUCAGCAUCAUCAACAUGAUGGUUUGUAA